GUAGAUACGACCUGAGCUUCACGUAAACGAGAAAAAAAGAAGGUCCCAGCUCUGGAUAAGAGGCAAUGACAUGUGCGCUGAUUUCCCCCAGGAUCAGAGUUAUAGAGAUACACUAUAGGACAGCAUGUCCUCUUCAACGGCCCGAGUCUGUCUACUGACUUUGUUUCUGACAUGCAUCGUCUGCACUGUAGGCCAAUCAGUGAUCAAUAAGGUGACCAUCACCCCUGAAAGGGGCACCACCGUCAACAUCAGCAGUACUGUGGGCAAAAGUUGUGAAGUGUGCAGGAGGGAAGGGCGCUCAAACCGUUGUUCUACAUCUCUUGUGUUCAAAGACAACGCUCCUGUCUCAGUGGAGUUCAGAUGCGCCAGAAAUGUACUCACAGUGGAAAUUAGCCGCAAUAUAGAAUGUAACACAAAGUCGUGCAGUGGGCACAUCAUCCAGGCUGACUCCGGUUCCCUUCCUUUGCUGGAUUUUAACCGCAAGUUCACCUGGAAUCUGAACGCCUCGGCACCGAAGGCAUUCAAAAUAGACUUCACCAAGACGGGUCUGAGACAGAUUCCUCCAUCUGAGAGAUGUCCAGACGGACACAGCUACACCCUCCAGGCCUUACAGACGACAGGGAAGGUGGCCGUAGGGAAAUACUGCACAGCAGGCACUAUCAGCAGCGCUCAGAUACUGAAUCUGGGCAGCUUCUCUCUGGAGGUCCCAGCGGGGCAGAAGCUACAAAAUGGCCAGUUUGAUGUGUCUGUCGGGGAGGAAAUCAAGUCCCUUGCCAAAAUUACAGUGACAUUACCAAAAGGGACCUCGUCCUCAGAGCUGCUCUCUCCAAACUACCCGGACAGUUUUCCUGAUGACGAUGUGAUGGAGUGGUACUUUCAGGUCCCGAAAAAACACAAGACAGACAUUCAGUUCAUGAACCUCACACAGCCCAGUUGUCGGAAGAAGGAGACAGCAGUGGAGUACCACAGCAAAGGGAGAGCGGCAUUGGUGCUGAGUCUGACGGAGGUGCAACCGCAUCCGAAUUGGGGGAACUUCUCUAUGACGCUGAGGAACUGCGAGAUGGACAGAGGGCGAGCUGGUUCUCCUGGACUCUCCCUAAGCGUCAAGGUGUCUACUUCAAAUACAAGUUCACCAGUGUUGUGUAAAGUGGACCUGCGCAAAGCGGAGGGCCUCUCCCUUUACAUUGAGAAGUUGAGACCGGCCUCUGACUGCGAGAUGAAAAUAAACUCUGUGACGAAGGAGAAGAUCACAGUCACAUCAAACAGUGACCUGUCUUUCCAGGACUGCCUUCCUGAAGAUGUACGAGUCACCGCCAUGAGAGUCAUAGAGUGUAAGCAACUCAAAGACUGCCCGAAGACUCCAGUCCGUCUCUCGCUGCCUGCGCUGCCGAGCUGCCUCCCCGCCCCUCUGAGCAGUGUGACCUGGAUUCUCCGUCCUCCUCAGCACGGCACCGUGGAGCUGACCUCUCCCACUGGGCCCCUCAAGCAGUCCCUACCCGGACAGCCAUGCAAUGACAGCGUUCUUGUCAAACUGGCCGAAGACGAUGGCAUUGCUAUUGGAAACUUCUGCCCUCAAGGAGCCAUAAAGAAGAUCCAAAUCCACACCAACAUGUCCGUCACUGUGUCCAGCAUGGGGGGUAAAGCACUGAGUAUGUGUUACAAGAACGUGCUGGAUGCCUGCUUUAAAGAGGAGAUAUCAGAAAGAUACAUAUUCACUGUAUCGUCAAAGAAAGACACGCCUGUCCUUCUGGCCACUCCUGGUUGGCCCGCGGGAAUGAAGUCUUACUCCACCGUGUCCUGGAUCGUCUCCGUGCCCCCGAAGAUGAAGGCGCACCUGAUGUUUGCCAACCUCAGCCAGCCCAAGUGCAGCAACCGUCACACCAACAUCAGGGUGCAGAGAGUCAACCGCCUGGAGGAGGACUACAGCCGCAGGGAGGAUGAGGAGACUGAGAGCGAGAUCGUCGUCUCUGAGGGAUUCUACCUCAACAUGUCCAACUGUAUGCCUGAGAGAGGACACUUCAGCGUCAUCACCAAGCUCACCCUGCGGGAGAGCAAGAACCCUCUGCUGACCAUCGUGCUGAGUGUGGUGGCUGCCCUGUUGGUCACUUCUGUCAUUGUGCUGGCAGUGGUCUGUCCAAUGAUUAAUAAGAAGAAGAAGAAGCUGAAUCAUCAGGUGUCCAUCUACAACCCGAGCGGCACCAUCUUCCUGCCUGGACACACCAACUUCCCUAAAACACGUGAGGACAACGAGUCCCAUGUGUACACCACCAUUGAGGACACUCUUGUCUACACACACCUGCUAAGAAAGGGUAAGGAGACUGGCGUCUACGGAGAGUCGGACCCAUCGUACAAGCCCUUCACAGGACACACGGUAUCACAAAAGCCACUGGUUUCUGAAGACUCUGGUGCCGAGGACAUGGAGAUCGGUGUUUAUCACCCGUUUCGGUACUCAUCUCAACAAGGUCCUCCACUUCCUGUCCGGCCUCCGAGCCUUCCCCUGGUGGACAAUCAGAUCUACCAGACUGAGGACCAGAGCCAGGAGGAGCGUUCUCCGAAGCUGGGGCCGAGGCUGGAGCCGGAGGGAGGGGACUGAGGAGGAGAAGAUUGGAUUCAGCUUUCAUUUUUUCACUUGACCUACUUGAACUUUUGAUAUUCAUUCCCUGGCAUCUGUGUGAUUACCUGCUGUUCAGCCUUGAAAGCCUUUUUUUCCUUCUCUUGAGCGUAGUUUUGCACCAAAGCCAGACACAAAAUAACCCUGUUCAACCCUGCCUGGAGCUGUUACCUUGUUUUAUCUCCGAUGAAGACACAUUUGUUUUUAGAGAAGUACGUAAUCAUCCCUUUUAUACCCUCUAUUUUUGCCACUAUUAAGUGAUCUCAUGCUUUUAGGCAACGACUGUUUUUCAUUUUGAGAUAUUUUAUACGUGUACUUAUGGAUGCUUGUGCAGGAGCAAAGCUGUGUGCUGUUUACAUGCUGACUUUUUCAUUUUUAUCAUCAAACCACCAAAUAGUGAGGACUCCACUGCUGUUGCAAUACAUUGCACUUUACAGCAUCAUCAGAACAUGAUGCCCUGAUGAUGGCCUGUAUUGCAGGAGAUUGCAACAGCGGUGUGUGUGUGUGUGUGCGUGCGUGCAUUUUUUUUUAUCACUGCUUUUUCACCUGCUAUGCAGACUUCUAGAUAUCAUUCCACCAUAAAUGUGGUCAAUACACUCCUGCUAAUACAAGUUAGGAUUUUAGAGUUGUUUUCAGCCAGGGACGAAUUAGAAAUUUAUUGCUUUUGUUCAUUUCUGGACCCAUACUUUUGGAAAUCUCAAGACUGAUCUGCUGCUAUCUAAGUGAUCUCAGGUCCUGCCGAGACUUCUUGGUUUUCUUCCUGUGCAUCACGAUGAACGAGAAUCACUAGCUUAUCACUAGCUAGUUAUUCAUGUCGAGGACCAUGGACUCCUUCUGCUGGACUGCAGUGGCAUGGAAUAAAAAUCCUUGUUUGUUCUGUGACUGAACUCUGUGAGUAAUUACAGGUAACUUUUAAAAGAGAGACUGUACGAGAGCUGUAAUUUAACCUGACUGUGGUGAGUGCUCAGGACCUUUUCGUGUGUUGUUGUGUAGAUCUGAGUCACUCGUUCUGUGAGGAACUACAAACUGAUGUAAAACUAACUAAAAGGUCACGGAACAAACCAAGAACUAACUUAAGUUACAUUCAAUCAAGGGUUGUUGUUUUUUUUCAACUUUGUCAUAAACAGUUUUCACAUUUCCUGGGAUGGAUAUUGUGGUGAAACAGAAAAUAAUCACACAGCAUUUGAAAAUAUUUAUGUGGAGUAUUGAUUUUCACAUCAACCUGAAAACGAAAAGGUCUCAUUUGAGAAAAAAAAAUGUGGUUCAGAAAAGAAAAUGUUUGUUUGUUUUGUGAAGCGAUGUUGCCUCCUGCAGUUCAGAAAAUGAACAGCAGAGGGAGACAGGAUGCAAAGUUUGAAAUAGUGUAGUGUAGUGCAAGAACUCUGUACACUCUUGACAAGAAAUACUUUACAGUAGGACUGACACUGCUGAGGGGACUGAGAUGAGGACAUGCUGUCCACAAACACACCGCUGCAGUGCACAUCCAUGUUGAUCUGACGUAACCUUCGUUUGGGCGGUGACCACUUAUGUGAGUGGCAAAACAGGAACUCUGUUUUCAUGAUGGAAAAAAAAUUGAGUGGGUGCAGAGACAAUAAGAAAAUCGUGCUCAUUAAGUGGGAACUCUCCUGCACAUGUUUUUAGAAAAGUAAGAGCAGGAAACCUCCAGAGAAUUCAAUUGUAAAUUUUGGGGGAAUUUAAAAAUGGUUUGUUUUCAUGUAAGCCUACUCCUCUGUAGGGAAUCCUUUUGGAUUUCCACCUCACACACCUUGUUCCCCUUUGUACAUCCUCCUCUCUCAACUGUCAAUUUACUCCCAUCCCCUUGACCUCAACUGUCAAAUAUAUAAAAUGUUAC